CGCCUGCGCCGCCGCGGCCAUGAGGGAGCAGGUGCCCUGAGUCUGCAGGCCGGGACCUGUGAGGCGCCGGAGCCGCGGCUGCAUGAGAAACCCCCCGGGAGAUGCCGGUUGGGAUGGCUCGCGACCCAGAGGCGACCUGCUCAUCCUCGGAGGAGGAGGAAGAGGAGGAGGUGGCGGACGGGCUGGAGGACCAUCCGUGCAUCAAGUGGACUGGCGGCUGCCGGCGCGUCCCCAUCCUGGUGUUCCACGCGGAAGCCAUUCUCACCAACGACAGCUACCUCCGGCUCGUCGGAGAACGUUAUCACCUCUCCUAUAAGAUUGUGAGAACAGACAGCCGCCUGGUCCGGAGCAUUCUGACUGCCCAUGGAUUCCGUGAGGUUCACCCUAACAGCAGUGAUUAUAAUCUCAUGUGGACAGGAUCACACUUGAAGCCCUACUUGCUGCGUUCCCUUACAGAUAUUCAGAAAGUCAAUCACUUCCCAAGGUCAUAUGAACUGACAAGAAAGGACAGACUGUACAAAAAUGUCAGUCGUAUGCAGCAGACCCACGGAUUCAAGACGUUCCACAUCUUGCCGCAGACCUUUAUCCUCCCAGCAGAGUAUCAGGAAUUCUGCAAUACAUAUUCUAAAGACAAGGGCCCAUGGAUAGUGAAGCCUGUGGCCUCUUCCAGGGGUCGAGGUGUUUACCUGAUCAACAAUCCAAACCAGAUUGUCCUGGAAGAAAACAUCUUGGUUUCUCGUUACAUCAGCAACCCCCUGCUCAUAGAUGAUUUCAAAUUUGAUGUGCGCCUGUAUGUUCUGGUUACAUCCUAUGAUCCACUGGUCAUUUAUCUCUACGAGGAAGGAUUGGCCAGGUUUGCAACCGUGAGGUAUGACCAGGCAUCCAGGAACAUUAAAAAUCAGUUUAUGCAUCUGACCAACUACAGUGUCAACAAGAAGAGUGGAGAUUAUGUCAGCUGUGACGAUCCUGAAGUAGAGGAUUAUGGAAACAAGUGGAGCAUGAGUGCAAUGCUGAGGUACUUAAAACAAGAGGGGAGAGACACAGCAGCACUGAUGGCCAGUGUGGAGGACCUGAUUAUCAAGACUGUGCUUUCUGCUGAGCUGUUCAUUGCUGCAGCCUGUAAAACUUUUCUUUCCCAUCGCGGCAGCUGCUUUGAGCUGUAUGGUUUUGACGUCCUUAUUGAUGCCACUCUCAAGCCCUGGCUCUUGGAAGUGAACUUAUCCCCAUCGCUGGCCUGUGAUGCUCCUUUGGACCUGAAGAUCAAAGCUAGCAUGCUGUCAGAUAUGUUCACCCUUGUAGGCUUUGUAUGCCAGGACCCAGGCCAGCGGUCAAGCCGGGCAGUUUAUCCCUCAUCUGAAUCUGUCAGGAGAAAUCCGUACCAGAAGCCUCAGCGUCCUGUGUCUGCGCAGUCCCGACCAACAAACACCAGACUGCGUGCCCGUCCCCUGUCUGCCAGUGAUGCUGAAAUGAAAAACCUGGUGCCCUCAGGCAGGGAGAAAGCCACAGGAAGGCAAGGCAGCUCUGUGCUGGGCCUCUCCAUGGAGGAGAUAAAAGUUCUUCGUCGCGUGAGAGAGGAGAAUGAGCGGAGAGGAGGUUUCAUCCGAAUAUUCCCUACCCCAUCAACAUGGGAUCUUUAUGGAUCCUUCCUAGAGCACAAGACAACGAUGAACUACAUGUUGGCUACACGGCUGUUUCAGGACAGAGCAGUUCUUAAUGGAAAGCUGGAUAUGAAGUUGGAAGCUGUGGACUCGAAUGCUCUCCUGUAUGAGAGGAAGCUUAUUUCGCUGGAGUUACGGAAGCGCAGGCGAUGCCACGGCAAGGCACGAAGGGCACGGACAAGACUGUCAGGGAGAUCAAAACCCACAAAGCUGCCUGUCAAGUCAGACACAGAGGAUGAGGAGGAAGAGGAGGCAGAUGAAGAUGAAGAUGGAACUGCUAGCUCUCUUUCGGGGACACAGGUGAAAAGCAAGACAAAACUCUCUGAACUGGUCAAAGCAAGUUCUCAAGAGAAUAUGCUGAAAAAACUUGACAAGAAAACUGGAGAUGGAGAGUUGCUUCUUGAAAAACCAGAGCCAGAAUCUCAGUUUAACUUGUUGCAGAUUCUUCAAGAAAAUGGAAACUUAAGCAAAGUGCAGGCUCGCAGAGCUUUCUCUGCCUACCUACAGCAUGUCCAGUUGCGACUGAUGAAGGAGGCUGGUGACCAGAUCCAGAAUGCUGCCUGGGCUGCCAAGGAGGAUGAGCAAAUGGAGCUCGUGGUGCGCUUUCUGAAGCGAGCGGCCAGCAACCUGCAGCACUCCCUGAGGAUGCUGCUGCCCAGCCGCCGCCUGGGCCUGAGCGAGCGGCGCCGCAUCCUGGCUCGCCAGCUGGGCGAGUUCAUAGUCUGCUACAACAAGGAAACGGAGCAGAUGGUUCAGAAACGAUCAAAAAAGAAACGGGAAGAGGAGGUGGAGGAGGGAGUGAAUGCUGAAGGCUUUCAGAACUUUAUUGCGAAGGCAAGUGAGAGUGACCUGGAAGAAGUGCUGACAUUUUACACCCACAAAAACAAGUCAGCAAGUGUCUUUCUAGGAACAAAUUCCAGAACCCCCAAAGCCAGCAAAAGCAUUAACCACUCAGAGACUCAGCCUCAAGGAGAACGUCCUGAGGUGACGAAACACAUAAGAAGUGAUCAGGCCCAAAGUUCAGUUGAUGUGCCUGCAGAAGAAGCAAUAAGAGGCUAUAAACCCAAAGAAGUGAAAUCAACUUCUCCAGAAGGAUCCACCCUCCUAAAUGCAGAAGUGAAAUUACCUCGCUGUGGCCCUGCUAGUGCUUCCUCCUUUGUUCCUGAUGCCACUUCCCAGAGAAGUACCAGCUCCCAGUUACCGUCUCAGCCUGCAGCCUCUGAAAACCCACAGAUGCCUGCUCACCAUUCACUGCUGGCUCCUCCAGUUGGUCCUAGACUGAUUCAUUCCCCAUCCUCCUCACCUCCGUCUCAGACCCAGGGCACAGCCCCUGACAGCUCGGCUGUCUUCCCAAGCGCAGUGCCCAGUGAGGCCUCGAGCCUUUCGGGGUUGCAUCAUUGCCGGUACGGGAGCUACACUGUUAAUCCACUCUCCUCUCUUCAGAGAGCUGCUCAGAUAUACAGCCAAAGAUUAUCACAGUCAUCCUCUGCAAAGGCGGGUUUGUGCCGUCGCAGUCCAAGUAAACAGCGUGUGGGCUCGACCAGGAUGCAGAAAGAUCCAGAGGAUGCCUCUUGCCAUGGCAAGCAUUAUAGCCAGGGUGUGGUAGCAGCAGAACUACAGCAGCUGUCAGAAAAGCAGGCGACCCGUCAGUAUUCUCCACUGAGCCACAUCAGUCUCCUCACACAGCAGUUAACAAACCUGAGCUUGGCAAGCGGAGCUGUGAGCAAGGCGAGCGCAGCCUCUGCCCCAGGCUACCAGGGCUCGCUGGGCAGGAGAGGGCCCCCGUGGGCUGCUCAGUCCGACACGCACGUAGCUGACAGGCGGCCUGUGACUUCAGCAGUCAGGGCUCCGGAGAGUGAUCAUUUUUCCUGGGAAGGGGAGUUGGAAAGCAGUGUUUACAACAAGAUGGCAGGGAAUCAGCUGGCCCAUCCCAACUAUCAGCUCCAUUUUGCUGUGCAGCAACUCCAGCAGCAGAAGCUUCAGUCUCGACAGCUGUUGGAACAAAGUCAAGUUCGGCACCAGGUUCUGUUUGCCAAUCACCCCCAGUCCAGCAGCAGCCACGUGCCGAUGUCAGCUGGCUCCGCUGCCCGCAAGACAUCCAGUGCCGCCGGCGGUGCCCCGAAGGCAGCCGGUUUGCAGAAAGUGAUGCCCUCCCAGAGCGCCCCUUCUCAGCUGGUCCCAAAGCCUCCAGCAAACCACAGGCAGGCAAUGGUCAGGAAGACUGCAGCACAAAGGAUUUCCAAGGUGACCUCCAUGGAAAGGCAGCUAAACGGAUUCCAGAACAGCCUUAACAGCGCUGCACCCUGCGAGCCAGGGACAAAUUCCACAGCCUCUACUCACAGUGAAGGACUAACAGUGAACACCAGGUGAUGAGGAGGACCUGCUGAGAAGAGAGGAGAACACCGGAACAUCUGUGGAAGCUGGUGAUAGAACUGUAAACUAGUUGCCUCUGAGAGCUCCUGCUGAGCCUUGGGAUCCCUUCUUCAAAUCUCUUUCUGAUCACUGCCCAUAACAUCUUUUUGUAAGACUGAGCUCCUCAAGCUGUCUGUAUUGUUCUUCCUAAGGUCCAAGUUUGGACAUAAGUCUCCUGCUCUGAUCAGCCAUUUCAGUUUGUGUUAGUCUUGUAACAGCAAAGAUUCUCUGCUCUCAUUACAUGGCAACCAGUGGCAGAGAAAAAUACUAGACCAUGCGACCGGAGACAUUCGUGUUGGUUGCCAUCCUCAAUUUUGGCACAGAGCCAUGGAAAUG